AUGGCUGCUUUAGAAAUAACCCACAUAGAUUUAGAAUGCGGCCGCCGGAGCUCCGCCGUCGACGCCGGUGAGGAGGGGGAGGAGGAUGAAGAAGUGGGCAGUGUAUGCUUUUCCGACGGGUCGUCAAAUUCCCAGUUCUACUCCACCAUCGACGGUGAAGGGUCGUACGAUGAUUACAGCUUUGCGGGUCGGUCCGAGAUUUUGGAAGAGGAUGCUUUGGAAAAAGGAGAAAAGGGAGAAUUUGAGGCUGUGGAUUUAGAAUGUGGUGAGAAAAAGGAGAGUCUGAGUAAUUUAGAGAGAGAUUGCAGGAUUUGCCAUUUGAGUCUCAUUAGUAGCAGCCCUACUUCUGGUGUGCCCAUUGAGCUUGGCUGUUCUUGUAAGGACGAUUUGGCUGCUGCCCACAAGCAUUGUGCUGAGACUUGGUUCAAAAUCAAAGGAAACAAGACUUGCGAAAUCUGCAACUCGGUCGCGCGAAAUGUGGUGGGCCCCAACGACAUGGAGGCCGGUCAGCCAGCUGGCGAGGGCGUCUUGGUCAUUCCAAGUACGCCUGUGGGCCCCACGGCAUCAUCAUCAUCGUCAGCCGAGACCCGAACGUGCUUGAAUGGCCACCGGUUUCUAAACUUCCUUCUGGCUUGUAUGGUGUUUGCUUUCAUCAUAUCUUGGCUUUUCCACUUCAACAUCCCUUCAUAG